CUUUUGGGGUUGCUUUUCUUUGUGAAGGCAUUUCUCUUCUCUUUUUCCUCUCUCCAAAAACCCAUACAGAAGGAAGAAAAAAAGAAAAAGAAAAAGCAAAAAAAAAAAAAAAAUGUCUUCUCCAAGCAAACGCCGAGAGAUGGACUUGAUGAAACUGAUGAUGAGUGACUACAAGGUGGAGAUGAUCAAUGAUGGCAUGCAAGAAUUUUAUGUUGAAUUCAAUGGACCAAAAGAAAGUCCUUAUCAUGGAGGUGUGUGGAAGAUAAGGGUGGAGCUCCCAGAUGCUUAUCCUUAUAAAUCACCAUCAAUUGGUUUUGUAAACAAGAUCUACCACCCAAAUGUUGAUGAAAUGUCUGGCUCAGUUUGUUUGGAUGUCAUCAAUCAGACUUGGAGCCCCAUGUUUGAUCUGGUAAAUGUGUUUGAAGUGUUCCUUCCUCAACUCCUUUUGUAUCCCAACCCAUCAGAUCCAUUGAAUGGAGAAGCCGCUGCUCUUAUGAUGCGCGAUCGUACUGCCUAUGAACAAAGAGUGAAAGAAUAUUGUGAGAAAUAUGCCAAGCCAGAAGAUGUUGGAGCAGUGCCAGAGGAGAGGUCCAGUGAUGAAGAGCUGAGUGAAGAUGAAUAUGCUGCCUCCGAUGAUGAGGAAAUUGCUGGAAAACCUGAUCCUUAGGCACAUAAUAUGCCUCCCUAGAAAAAAUUGUCUGUGUUGUACAUGAUAUUCAGCUCCAGGAAAAUUUGAACUCGCCAAAACUGGGGGUAUAUGGAAAAAUUCCUGCCCCUCUGUCUUUAUUUUCCAUGGAUGUUGUGUAAAUUAACCAACUGUUGUUUAAUAUUUCAAAUAUUCAUCCACUAUUGGAGACUAAGAAGCUGUUUGCUUAA